AUGUAUCAGGACUCGAAGAUUUUGAUGAUAUUCAAGUCGCUGCGCGACAUCGUGGUAAUUGGCGACAAUGAUAUGGUUAUCACUGACAUGAACGCUGCGGCGGUGGCCUUCUUUGGCUGGAAGAUCGAUGAUGUAAAGGGCAAGAGCAUCACCUUUCUCGUCCCCACUCACCCGCUGGAUGUGCAGGACAACACCGUCACCCUCAUGGCACAUCUUGCCAACUCUACUGACGUUCCUGUGGUGAUCCAAACCACCCGCGACCCCCACGCAACAGUGGUAGCCUGGACGAUCUUGCCUAUCCGUCUUCCCCGCGUGUACGAGUUCGGGGUGCACAUAAACAUCCGUGCCGCCCUCACGCCGAAGCUGUCCGUCUCGGACUUGGACUUUAAGAACCGCACGGUGUUCCUGCGUGUGGACUUCAACGUACCGUUCGACCGCGAGACCGGCAACAUUCGCGAUGACAGCCGCAUCUGUGCGGCGGUGCCGACGAUUCGCAAGAUCAUGGAGGACGGAGGGCGUUUGGUGAUUGGGUCUCACCUGGGUCGUCCCAAGAAACCCAAUGCGAAUCAGUCCCUCAAGCGCAUCUUGCCUCGUCUGCAGGAGGUGCUGGACAAGGAGGUGUCCUUCUGCACGGACGCCUUCGAGGCUGGCAAGGAUGUGAAGGAGAUGAAGAACGGGGAUGUCAUGCUGCUGGAGAACCUGCGUUUUUUCAAGGGCGAAGAUAGCAAGGAUGCUGCUGAGCGGAACAAGCUGGCCUCAGCACUCGCCUCCUUUAGCGAUAUAUUUGUCUGCGAUGCUUUCGGUACCGUGCAUCGCAUGACGGCCAGCAUGACGGGUGUGCCCCGCGUCUUGGGGGCUGGAGUGACAGGCUUCCUGAUCGAAAAGGAGAUCAGCGCCAUCAGUAUGGUGAUGCGCAACCCAGAGCAGCCGCUGGUCGCAGUCGUUGGCGGCUCCAAGGUGUCGGACAAGAUUAACGUUCUCUCGUCCAUCUUCAACUUUGCGCACACAGUGAUCAUCGGCGGUGCCAUGGCCUACACCUUCCUGGAGACGCAAGGCUACAGCGUUGGCAAGAGCAAAGUGGAGCGGGUAGUGCGGGAGAAGGGACGUGAUGUGGAUCUGCAUAACACCGCUCGCGAUCUGAUGGAUCUCGCCAAGGCCCGCAAGGUGCGCCUCAUCCUGCCCAUCGAUCACAGCUGCGCCAAGGAGUUCAAAGACGUGGAGCCGUUCAUCACGAACAACGCCGACAUUCCCGCGGAGUACAUGGGACUGGACUACGGCCCCAAGUCCAUUGAGCAGGCGAAGAAGGCCGUUGCGGAGGCCCGCACGCUCAUCUGGAAUGGCCCUCUCGGCGUCUUUGAGUUCUCGCACUUCGCCACAGGCACCAACGCCAUCGCGCAGGCGAUCAAGGAUAACCAGCAGGUUGUCUCCAUCGUCGGUGGUGGUGAGACAGCGGCGGCGACAAAAGACUACCACGAGUGCAUCACCCACGUGAGCACUGGUGGUGGUGCCUUCCUGGAGCUACUAGAGGGACGCGCACUGCCAGGCCUCAUCUGCCUCACCGCUCGUGCCUCUCCUAAGCUGUAG